UCUAAUGACUAAAAGAGACAGAAAUCCUUGUUCUAACGAUCUCGCUUGGUAUGAAUUUGCCGAAAGCCAAAGCAACGAUCAGUUGCUACGACCAAGCUAUUCAAAACAUGUUCCACGGGAUCGCUACAUAUUUGCGGCUUUAGUUAAUGCAGUUUAAGAAUUUCCAAAAUGUGUAACUAGACACACACUUGUGGUAGUGCGAUGUUUAUAGACAUAGAUCAACCAAAGGAAAAAUGUGAGAAAAAUUACUCCAGAUGGAACGAGUUGCCGGACUUGCUACUGGAGAAAGUUUUUUCAUAUCUGACGAUCAAAGAGCGCUACUAUGCGAGUUGCGUCUGCAGAAACUGGCAUCGCACAUUUUACCUGCCUUAUGUGUGGAGGCAAUUCAUUCUGGAAGACCACACUUUGACCAGAAGCAAAUUUAACUACUAUUUAGGUUGGCAAUAUGUUUUGGAUCAUCUUAGAACAUCCCUUUGUCUGCAAACCAUCGGAAAGAACAUUAAAAAACUAAUCAUAAAACCGAUGUUGAAUUUUUCGAAUUUGUACGAAUUCAUGAACAUCAUGUCCUGGUUCAUUGAGCAGCACGUGGAAAAUGACCCCAUGAAAAUGGGAGUGGGCAGCAAUAUUCUGUACUUAAAAUUCACAUUUCCGUGCAACAUGACCACCAGAGAUGACAUCGAAAGUGUGAGGCUUUUUGGGACUGGUGGAAAAUUAUUGGCUGGCCUAAAACGAUUGAUGGGAAAUUUCCCGAAACUGCAAACCCUAGAAUUGAUCGAUUUGAUGUUGGAGCCUUGUGAGGCGCAGUUUUUGUUGGACGAAGUGUGUCAGACCUGUUGUUUAACGUUAAGAAAGCUCAGUUUGAUCAACGUAACCAAAACCCCUUAUCAAGUAUUGCAUGUUGGAGUGUUUCUGAAUCUUUUCGAAUUACAUAUUAGCCCUCAAAACUUGGGAGACGACUUGGUUGAGCUUCUGGGCUUCACCCACUUGAAACACUUGCACAUUGUUCAAAACAGAUACACUACUGAUGAGGGAUUUGUGAAACCGAUCAUGUCAGCCAGCUGGAAGAAAGUCAGAUCAAUGAAUAAAGGAUUGGGGGUUCAUUUGGAGGUUGAGAGCAAUAAAUUCAAAACUGUGGUUUGGCAGGAAGGAGCGCCGGUCAGGAGUAUAUUGUAUGAUUCUCCGCAUAUUGGUGCGAAAGUCGACGUUCUCAUGAACACCAUUGAUUACUUUAAACAAGAAUUAAGAACAUACGGCCACUUGAACAUCCCAAGAUUCCACAUGCCCAAACAGUUCUGCGAGCGGAACGACGAAAACUUCCUCAUGCUUGUCAGGUCUUGCAAGUUCUUAUCAACUCUGGUAAUCACCGAAAAAAUCUCCACAUCGACUGUUCUGCUUCUGGCAUAUAGUGGGCGAAAUUUAAAGUGGCUGCACGUACGAGGGAACGCUGUAGUGCAAAAAUGCGACUGGCCCAAAAGUCCGGAAUGGUCCGAGGAAUUCUACAGUUGGUUGAAAUUUAACAGCAGCUCAUACGAGUUGGUGGAAAAGGAAGUGUCCCAAAUGUUCGGCUACAACUGGAAGUUCUUGAGAGACAAGGCAUUUAAAAUGCUUGAAGUAAAUUUGCAUGAUUAUUGACUAAGUGAUAAAAAGGGGCAAACCAAACGCAGGCUGUGCAUGUAAUUAUAUAUGAAAAUUUUCCAAGAAAGUAACCACAUUGAAUAAUAAGACAUUGUUAACUGUGACAAGUUUAGGAAUAACUAAACUAAAGAAAAUUUUGCAAAUAGUUGGAUAAUUUAGAACGUAUCAUGUGGACAGUAUUGAAAAAAUAUAAUACAAUUAUUAACAAUUUAAUGUCGCCACUAUAAAACGUUUGCUGGGGCUGGAGCUGGAGCAGACAUUAUAUUGAGAUAAACCAAAAGUUUUUCCGAUUUUCUCCGUCUUUUUCUCGAAUUGUUUUUACCAAAUAAAGAUGUUAUAUAUAUUUUUAAAGCUUUUGAACUGCUCUAUCAUAAUAUAUAUUAAAAUUUUCAAUUGGCCGUAUAUUCCUUUUUUUUACUUCAAUAAGAACCAUGAAAAAAUCUAAAAUUCGUGUCCUUUUACGCUAUUACUGGAAACAAGCCUUCAACGCAACUGCAGGAAAAAAGAAUAUAUGAGAAAUUGAUGGCGACAAUCUGGUUUCGGAUCGUACUGCGCAAAAUUGGUUCAAACGUGGAAUUCCGAGGCGUAAUUCAUUUUGAGCUGAUUCAAAUGGUCGGACUAUCGACGCAUACCUCUACUGCGCCCAACUUGAGCGAAUGUAUGCGGCACUUGGCGCAGAGAAAAUACCUCGCUUUGAUCAAUCGAAAGCGCGUACUCGUGCAACAAAACAACGCAAAACUCAGGAAAAAAAUUAAAUCUCGAGGCGAUUUAACUUCUUCCUUGUUCAGCGUAUAGUCCAAACCUUGUGUCUUCCGACUAUCAUCUCUUCCGCCCCAUGCCACACUUCCAGCUAUAGCUUCAAAUGGUCUUUACUUUGAAACUUAAUUGUUUGCAUUUUUGCUGUUAAAUUAUGUUUAAAUUUUUAAUAAAAAUCGGAAAAACUUUUGGUUUGCACUUACGAAGGAAACGUUUAAAAAUAUGCCACGAAACAAACGGAUUCGCAAAAUCCAAUAUCUCGUAUGUAUGUGAAUAUAUUCAUGAAUUCAAGAAUAAUAUCUGUGAAUUACCUGUCAAUUUCACUCAUAGUGUGGAAUAUUGAUGUACAUUUGAGAAUAUAAAUGUCCUAAAGUAUCCA